AUGGUACCUCCAUCUGUGCCAGAGUCUAGUUUUGGUAUUUCUCCAGUUGCUUUGACUUCAAUUUUGGGUGCUCCUCAAACCCUGAUUGUGAGAGGUAGAAGUGUUACCAGAAGUACGAAAGACAGAGGUAGUGGAGGUCGUGGUGGUUAUCGUAGGGCUAUUCAGCCAGUUGGUGGUCGUGGACUAUCUUAUGCUUUACCAGAAAGACCUAAGGUAGAGGCUUCUGAUGUUGUUAUCACAGGUGUUGGUGCGGGUACCACGAAAACAGAGUCGGAGCAGCAGCAACGAAAGGGGAUUCACCGCUCCAGCAGUUCAAGCUCUAGCUCGUCAGAGGAUGAUGGACAAGGUGGGAGGAGGAGGAAGAAAGGGAUGAAAGAGAAGAUAAAAGACAAAUUAACAGGUAGGAAGCAUAAGGAUGAGGAACCACACCACUAUGGUACUGGAACUGAAACGACGAUGACUACAAGUGUCAUGUCGACUAGUACUUUUCUUAUUUUUGACCAUACGAUCAUCAUGUGA